AUGAGUUAAGAGCGUCUAGAAUAAAGACCUGAGACAUCUAAAUGUUCUCGAUUAGAAAAAAGAAGAAUGACAAAUCAGAAUUCUCAAAGAAAUCGAACAGCAAUUUAAAGCAGAACAGCCCAGAAUUUUAAUCCAAAUAGUUACAAUGGAAUGACUUUAGACGAAUAUUUUAGAAAAAAAGGAUAAGACAAUAGUAUUUAGUAGGUCGAGAAAAAAAAGAAAUUUUUGGUUACAAGUAAUGAGUUCUUCAAGGAAUUCCAAAAUUAAGAUGCAAUGAGAAGAACAUACAUGGGAGAUAGCAAAUAUAUGAAUAUGAAAUAAGAUCUGAAAAAAAAAAUAUAGGAUUAUGAUAAGGAUUUGUUUUAGAAGUAUGCUAAUAAAUUCGAUUUGGGAAAUGGUAUGGGAAAGUGA